AUGGGCUCCUGGCCAGAAACGGGCACAGAGGGAGCUCGGUUAGCAAAGGAUCUGUAUCAGGUGAUUGCCCUUGUGAUGGACUCCUUCACAGACAUUGAUAUCUUUGGUGACCUUCAGGAUGCCUUUAAGAACCGCCAGGUUCCUGUCUACAUCCUUCUGGGCCAGGACUCUGUACAGGAUUUCUUGGAAAUGUGCAAGAAUCUGGGAGUUUGUCCUGAGCAGGAAAGUCUGUUGAGAGUUCGAACUCUCACGGGGAGCACAUACUACCUGAGGUCAGGUGCCAAAAUUGUUGGGAAAGUCCAUGAGAAGUUCAUGUUAAUCGAUUGCAUCAGAGUGACAACGGGUUCCUACAGCUUCACCUGGUCCGAUGGGAAGCUGAACAGCAGCAACUUGCUGCUGUUGUCGGGGCAGGUGGUUGAACACUUUGACCUGCAGUUCAGGAUUCUUUAUGCCCAGUCGAUGCCCAUCAGCCCCCCCAGCUGCAGGAGCAGUGGGAUGUUUGAUCACCUGCUGAGCAGGUCCCCUGAAGAAUACACUGCGGAAGGCAACUGGAAAGCAGAAUUUAUCAGGCUAGCCAGCACUCCAAAGAGGCUGUUGAAAGAACCAGAGGAGGCUGAAGACACUCCUGGAGGCCAGCCCUGUGAGCUGAGGUCGUUUCUCCCUGAAGAGGAGUGGCUCAGCCCUCACGGGGCCGUGGUGGGACACAGAAGCACCUCGACUCAAACAGGCCCCUGGGCAGAGGAGCCCCUGGUGACCACGUGCCACGUGGGCACCCAGACCAGCCCCGUGGUGGCCGAGGCUGCCACCCAGGCCUCUGUCACUGCCAGGGUGAUGGGCACCCAGACCUCGGUCCCGCUGAGGACCGCGGUGACGCAGACGGGGGACGAGGGGUGCACGGACACACCCCUGCCUCCCAGAAGGCUGGCCAAAGAAGGAUCUGCCCUGGACAGGGAGGCUGUGUGGAGAUCCAGUCUGCUCUCACUGUCUUCAUCAUCAUCAUCCCAGUGCUCUGCUGCGAGCUCCACCGGCUCCCUCUCCUCUCUGCGCUCCUUUGACUAUUCCUCCAGCCACAGGGCAGAGUGUUUCCAAAAGCUGCACAAAGAGAGGCAAUUCCACUACUCCACUAUCAGGUCGAAGCUCAGCCACAUGGUGGACAUCCUGUCCCGCAGGAGACGUCUGCCCACAAGCUACAUGACCCAGUACACGGGGAGGUCCAACCUGGGGCAGCAGCAUCAUCAUCCUCCUCAUCCUCAGCGCGCCAUCAGCGCCAGCCUGCGCAGCCUCCGGGACGUCUCCCUCUUCUCUCUGAACAAAUAG